AUGAAAAUACAGACCAAUGCCGUCAAUGUUCUAGAACGAACAUCAGCUUAUUUGAGAUCGGGUUUGCUCAAGAAUACGCCGGCUUGGUACGAUGUGGUGGCAUCUGUUCCACCUAGAACUAGGUUUGCUCGUGAGCCAAGGCUUUUGAACCCAUCAAACAUGAAGAAAUUGACCGAACUGAGGGAACAGAUGGGAGAGCUCAACGGAAAGGGGCUGUACAAGACGAGAGCAAGCAGUUUGGAUCGGAAGAUUAACACGAGCAAGCUUUACAGGGCUCCGAAAUUACAAUUUUUCGAGGACCAGCUGAGAGAGGUGUUUUAUCAACAGCACCCAUGGGAGUUCUCGAGACCUAAGAUGCUUGUGGAAAAUGACGCUGAGGAAGAGUAUGAUUGGAGCCGUAUUCAACAGCUAGGGAAACCGUUGGACGGCGAAAGCGUGGUCCAAAGGACUUUAUAUUUGCUGAAGGAGAGUCCGGGCAAAAGCGUAGUGGAGGCAUACGACCAAGCGAGGUUCGAGUUUUAUCGUCUAAGGAUGCAGCAAGAAGUGGAGCAACAGGUGGCCCAGGAAGAAUGCGAGAUGUUUGGCUCUGUGUACGGUACUUCAGCCAUCGACUUUGGUGUCGAGCAGGAGCAGAAAGUCAUCGACGUGUGGAAGCAAAAGGCAUUGGAGGAGACCGAUCUGCUGGCGGCGAGACGCGCAAACCCAUCGGAAACAUGGGCAGCAGCGGAGGAUGAGGAAGGUAAGAAGGGCCCUGAGGAUCAGAACACGGAAGAGAUUGUCCUAUGA